AAUUUAUGUUAUUUUUAUAAAUCUAUUUUAUUAAAGUGUGGGUGCCAGCAUUGAAUGGCAGUCAAUACUUUGACUCACAACUGAAAAAGUAUCGACAUGUGGUUCAGCUGACUUGCGCUAGUAAUAGCAAAGUGGUUGCCAUUGAUCCAGUGACUCAUUCUUCAUCAACAUAUGUUUGGGCUCUAUUGAAUAUUCAUUUAUCAUGAGUUUAGUGGGGACUGGGGACAACAUUAUGGGUUAGCUGCAGUUGUGUUGUAUUGAAAGGCUUCUUAUAUAGAUUAGCAGGCUAUUAAGAUACCUUGGAAAGAUUAGAAGAGACUGACUGGCUACAGUAAGGGCCACUGUCUGUGACUGUGUGUGGGUGGGCCCCUCAGAACUGGUAUGAACUGAUCCAUUGCUAGGCCACUUGAAGAAGAUGGUGCAUGCAUGAAACCCAUCAUGUGAUGUAAACUGCAGUAGUUAGGAUGUCCUUAGCCUGCCAACACUACCAAGAAAAUGCAUGGAAGGGAGGGGUGUGUUGCAAUUGCUUUUUACCCCAAGCAGAGCACGAGAGACAUCGCCCUCGGAGACCAACUCCAAAACAACGCCCCUCCCAGACCCCACCAGAAAUCCCCUCUCCCACUGCCACCUCAACCAAUGGUACAUGCUCAGCACAGUUUCAACCAAAUGGUGAACAAUCUUCACUAACACAAUCUAAUGAAGGCACACCAGCCAAUGUGUCACAGUCGGCAAGUUCGUUUUCACAACCCAAGCCUCCUCCCAGAGCAGUUAAAAAAUUGUCUGUUGACAUUGAUUCUGCACAGACUAAGAUGGUGAGUGGGACGGCCUCUGCUAUUUCUCCUGUUCCUAAAGACAAGCCAGAGACACCAAAAAGACAAAAGCCAGUUCUUCCACAAAAACCCAUUGGCGUGAAACCCAGUGUACCAUCUGGCAAACCUAGUCCAUCUUCCACUGGAAAACCUAGUCCUCCACAAAAACCUGUCAGAAAAGGCAGUGUAGGGGCAGGGGAUACAGCAACUGGAAAGCCUAUUCCAGUAAAAAGAGAAAAGGGGGAUGGAAUUAAAGUGGUGAAAUCUGGUCCUGAGCUGUCAAGAUUAAAUACAGAGCAGUCAGAAAUAGAUGAUGUCCUCUGUUCACUAGACCAGGCUUUAAAAGAUGGAGAAAAUGAUGAUGAUGAGGUUUUUACUGACAAGUCACAAACCAAAAAACAUUCCAACUCUGAUCCAACUCCGUCUUCAACCAAGGCUGAAGACAAAAAAAUUUAUUCGAUAGAUGGUGAUUACAGCUUGCCAUGUGAUGUGGCCAAAGCUGAUACCAGUAGCAGCAACGAGAGUGAACAUUACAAGAUGCCUUCCGAAAGCACAGAAAAUUCUCUGGAUCAAGAAGGGGAUGUGUCACCUAGGGUGAAAAAAAUCAUCAAAGUUAAUGGUGCUAAAACUAAAGAACCCAUAUCACCAGCUAAAAUAUUACAAAAAUUGUCAGCCAAAGGUCCACCAAAAUCGGAAGCUGAGAUACGACAUCAGAAGGUUCCAAUUAAACCCUUUAAGGUUGGUCAGGAAUCAAAAGCUAACAUUGCUCGUCCAUAUAAAGUUAUAGAAGUUGCCCCUCCUCAGGAGGUCUUGCCCUACACUGUGGUUGAUAUAUCUAACAUGCCUAUAGAUAAUGGAGUUGAGAGGGACAUUAGUUUGUCCCCUCCGCCACCAAAAACUCCUCCACCUGGGGAAUAUGAUAAACCGAUAACGUCAAAUGAUGCUACUGGAGAAAAGAGCCCAAAAGCUAAUCUGUUUGAGAAAGAGGGUACUAAAGUAUUAACCACUUUUAAACCCACAUCGCCCACACCAGAAAAGACUACUGCUGCUGCUGCUGAAGACGGUGUUACCACUUUGGCAAGUCCUGCAAAAAUCCCCCUCAAACCACCUCCUAGAAAUAGAAAUAAGAAACCCAAGUCCCCUUAUGAACCUGUAGGGCUUGAUUUGCCAGCAGCAGAGGAAAAAGUACAGACAGACUCCAGCACUGUAUCUGCAGGAGAUGGUGUUCAAGAUAAAAGUGAGAGCCCCAAGAAACUAAAAGAAGAAAGGUCAAACAGUGUCAAAUUUGCUUUGUCUGCUGACAUGAUUAAUAAGGAUGAACAGAUAAAUGGAUUGACUAAAGCCUCGCUCGACAAAAAUGAGAAAAGCAAAGCGGAAUUUGAAAAGAAGGUUGCUCAGAGGCGCUCUUUUGGAAGGUCUACUGCCUUUGAAGCAAAAUUAUCAGCUGCUAUUGAAAACACCCUGGAUUUAGCUAUUCGUAAAAAGUCGAAGUCUAGAAAACCAAUCCCAAAAAUGACUGGUGAUAAUGAACCAGAUGUUACAUGGGAUGAUGACAGGCCAAUCGAGGAGGUUGAUGAAGAAGAUAUGGACUACGGGGACUUGCACCAAAACCCAAAAGAAUUAGCUCUGCUCAAGGAGAAGUUUGGUAAAGAAGAAAAACAAAGUAAAUCAUACUUCAAAAUUGGAUACAAGAAACUAAUUCCUAGGUUUGGUAGAAAGGCCAGUAGUGAGGCUAAAUUGAAAGAACAGGAGGAAAGCACAGAAGAUGUGUCUGACAUAAGUCCAGAUAAAGAUUCUGUGUCUGUUGAAUCAGUUGAUGAGAAGGAAAAAGAUAGAGAACAGCAUUAUUCUUUGAAGUUGUUUGGGAGGAAAAAGAGUAAGGACAAAGAAGUUGCCAGUGAAAGUAGUAAGCAGAAGAAAGUUAAAGAGGGCAAUCAGGAUGAGGAUGCUUCUCUCAAAGCAAGCAAAGAAUCUUUGUUAUCAGCAGAAUCCAGAGAGAGUAUAUCAGAAGAAGGUUCUAAGGCAAAGGAUAAAAAAGUAAAGGAGAAAGAUAAAGACAAAGACAAACCUUCAUUAUUCACCAGGCUUGAAAAUAUACGCAAGUCUGGCAGGAAAGAGAACAAAAGGCAACAAGAACGAGAGAGAUUAAAGCGCUCUAUGGUGCAUUAUGCAGAGGGUAAAGAAAUUCACCGAGAUCAAAACAAAACAGAGGAUCAGGAGAAUGAUGCGGAAUCUUCAGAACCUGUUCCGCCUGGCUCCCCAGAAGAGACCUACAAUAAACCGUGGGACUCGGCACAGACAAGGGACAGGCUUGCCAAAGUAUUAAACAGGCCAAAGUCCUUGCCGCCCACAGAACAUUUUCAUCUCAAACUAUUUAAUUUAGACAAAGGGAAGGAUAAAAAGGAGAAGAACAUGCCACCUUCCAAAGAAAUGCUUUUCAGGGCAUCAUCUGAUGAAGUAGUCAGUGCCAAAAGCAGUCUGCAGCAGAGAAGUGGUACCCUGACUGAGGAAGCCAUGACAGAAGAAGGAGAAAAUAUAUAUGAUACAGUUGGAAAUGCUGCCUUUGAUUUUGGAAAGCGUGCCAAUUCUUUACAAAUUCUCCCCCCUCCCCUGCCUGCCUUGCCUCCCCCAGAUGAUCUCAGCCCUGACCACCCAGACAAGGGGAUAUAUGAGCCAGUCACUCCAACAGGGGUGGAAGGUGGAGACAGUGAAGGUGAUGGAGAUGACGAGGAAGACAGUUUCGAGCCAAUUUAUGACUCGGUGGGAAUGAAGGCCCAUGGUGAUGUAAAGGACUUCUCACAUACGUCCUCAGACUCGAGUCACACAACUUCGUCUUCUGCUAAUGAGAUGAAGCCACCUGCAUUACCACCAGCCAAUGUAGAGGACUACCUUGAACCUUCCAAGCUCUGGGACAAUCCCAGCGAGGUGCCAUUACCUUUCAGAAACGUGCCCGAAGAGGCGGAGGAAAGUGACUCCUAUGACUUGGUGGAACAGCACAAAUCUGGGGCCAGCUCUGACGCAGACGAUCUCUCUCUGGCUGGUACAUCUUCCACUGCUGGUUUAGUGUGUAUGGCCAGCAGGUACGGUCAUAGGCCUGAGCCUUUGCCUCGUCCAAGGUCUUCAAGGUCCCUGCCUGGUGGAGUUUCACCUAAACUAUCUCGAGGGCCUUCCAUUAAGAAGCCCAAACCCUUGGAUCCUUAUGUGACUAUGAUUAAAGAAGGCAGACAUAAGCCACUAAAGGAGCAACCUUUCACAAGUUUUGUGGAUGCUUUUUGCUAUCAGGCUACUCUGACUCUGAAUACCUUGACAAAGAUCCACAAAUUGUACAAAGAGAACUGGUUUCUGCCAGAGGACAAAAUACCGACUGAUCUGAGGUUUCAGGAUCUGGACAUAAAGGGAGAUGGUCCUAUUUGUCAGAUAGGUGACUACAGCUUCUACUGUGUUAGGCUCCGAGACAUGCGCUGCAGGACAGAAUAUGUGCUUUUGGUCACAGACAAUCCAAUCACAGAUGAUGAUGAUGUCACUUUACAGCAUCCAAACAUCUUUAACCUUGAACCACUGAUGAAAGAUAAGAUAGAUGUCAGCAGCCUUCCUUACACACUACACAAAUACCACACAUCAUCUGAACAAGUCCACCUUAGACUCCUGAAAUUCAGUUUUAUAGAGACAUUAAAUCAGUACUUGACUCGCCUUCGAUCUUCUUCAGAUCUCGUUGAUUUUGAGAAGCAGAUGUGUUUUGUUUUGCUGCAGAUUAUCGAUGGUUUUGGAGUGCUGCAAGAUAAUAAGAAAAAUUUUGAACAAAAACUUGCCAACAUUGUAGUGGUAUCUCCACUAAGUUCCCAGGAUAGGACCGUUGCCCUGAUGCCAAAAAUUCAAGACAAUAGUUCUGAGGAAUCUUUCACAGCAUUUGAAAAAUCUGAGGUGAAGGACAUGUUAGUGUCUGUUUUGAACUUAGCAUUUCCAGGAUCAGAUUGGGAUUCGGUAAUCCUCUUCACUCCUAAAUAUUCCCGGGGAGUUGAAAAAUUAUUCGACAUCCUGAAAACCGAUCCUGGGAGUUUCCUUUUACAUUCUAAAUAUCUCCUAGAAUUCCUAUUGUUCGGACCAAAUGAGGAGGACAUGAGGGUUAUACUUCAGAUGGGUGGGAAGGAGUCUGUAUAUAGUGACGAUACAUUCCAGCUGUGGUUUGAGACAGAACGUGUCAAGGUUGUGAAUCAUUUAGCUCAGCAGACGGUGGCACAGGAACAGUACAUCCGUGGACUUAGUCACGAGUAUGCAUGUAAAAUAUGCUUUUUGUGUGGUGAUGCAGGAGCACAGUAUAUGACAGUUGCCAAUAUGAUCUAUGGAUGAUGUGGUGAAAUCUCUUAAUUUAAUGUAUUUUUUUGCAUUUGAGCAGGAAAUUUGAAAUAUCUUCAUUGAACCUGUUGAUGUGAAGAGUAGUAAAAAUUGGAUGUAAUUACUAAAAUCUGAAAAAUAUACAAGUUAACUGUCAUUUAUUGAAUAAGUGGAUUCUGUAAUUAAAUGAGUUCACAAGUGAAAUGAAUAUAGAUAUUGAUUUUUUUUCAUCUGGUUAAAUAUUUGCCAAAUUGUUUUGCAAGAUUUGUUCUUUUAAAGGUCAUUGAGAGAUAUGUUUGUUUUUACAUUUUGCUUUUAAGAUAUUGUUGUACAAGUACCAAUUUUUUCUUUUAUGUUAUAGGCAAUUUUCUAUGCCACUCAAUUUUCCACAAUAAUAAAUCGGGCCUACCCAACUACCAUACUCGGCACUGAA